GCACUCGUCCUAAGACGAAAGUCUCCAGACGUUUUGGGAACCUCUCAGCGCGGCUUAUCCCGCGCCUUCCCAAAACGGCUGGCUCGAGACUAAUGUCCUGCAUAGAUGGACGGCCAUUUCUUCCGCGAUGUAGUCCUGGAUUACAUAUCAACGACCCCCGGAUGCAUCCAUGUCGCCGAGGCAUGUGCUUGGAGCAUUGGAAAGUGCUGUAGAAGUACAAUGUUAAUGAUGUAGCAUAGUAGCAGCAAGAACGGUGCAACGGUUUGGUUUGGUCAAGUUUGUUCGAGUUCAACUGCGUAUACUACUUCGGGCACCUUAGAAGAAGUAAAUUCAACCAGUUCACCUAGAAGUACCAGAUAGUUCAGUGAAUAUCGAACCGUGGAUGAACAAGCUCAAGAAGCAACAGUCGGUGGCUAGCUCAGCUCAACCGCUCAGUGGCUCGAGUAGACACCCCAGUUCUCCUACUACGACCGCAAUAUACAAUGGAAACCAAAAUGCUUAUACAUAUAGAAGUGGAUCGACGGCCACAACUCAGCCAUCUAUUCCAAGCUCUAGUGCUAUUGUCAUGGAUCUCGUGCCUAGCAAAAAUAUCGCAGAGGUCUGGAAUGCUGCAAGUUCCCCGGCGUCGAUGAAGCCACGAACUUACGUCGAGCAAUACUGGGCUGCAAGAGCUCUGACAGCGGAAACUAUGCUAACCGCACGGGCUUCACACCAACGUGAGCUAGCAAGUCUCAAAUUCUCGGAAGAAUCAAAGCGCUCGCGAGAAAUAGCACUUUUGGUGCGGGCUCACGAGACCAGACAAGACAAACUUGAGAAAUGUGUAGUUGCUCUCAUAGCGUGCAUCAUGAUACUAGCUGGUCUGGUCACAUAUAUGAUGAUGAAAUCAGCUAGUCACGUUUCCGCGUCUGCCUCUUGGUGGCCUUCCCCUUCCCACUUCACGAUACCAAUUUUGUCCCCUUUUACUAACGUGGUGGAGCAAGAAACCAGUGUUGUGGGUUCGAAAACGGUGGCAACUAUUGUCGUUGUCCUUGGUGGUUUGGCGUAUGCGAUAUUUCGACACUGGUUCGGACAAAGAUAAGGCGUGCGCUGGUUCGUGGUAAAGCCACACGAUAAGUGUACUACAUCGUGCCACGGUACGAUAACUUCUACUCCUGGAUCGGAACACGGAAGCAAAGCUACCGUGGUGAAUAUGGUCCGCCGGAUUGCCGCUUUUUCGUCGAUGAGCUCGGCGUGAUGACGGUAUAUGGGGCAAGCAGGCUCAUGUGGUUUGUCUUGGGUGCUCGCGAGAAGCUUGGAGGUGCUGCGGAGGAAGGAGGGGGGUAUAGUGCUGGGGUGUUUGCAGGUAUGCAUGCGCAGUGGUGGUGAAGUGAUUAAUGUACAUAUCGUGCUAGUAUAGUGAGUGGUAUAUGGAUAUGAAGUCUGUUUUGCAAGGGC